CGUUGUUGAACUAAUGUGGGGUUUUUAAGGGGCAUUCUACUGAAGUUCUACACUUGAAUAUGUUGUUCAGUACUGUAGGAAUUGUUAAAGGGUCGAUCUGCCAUUGGUUCAUAUAUUUUUGGGACAUUUCAAUUAGAUGUAUUGAAUUCUCCGUGUGGUCUACAUUAAAGUUCUCCUCAUCUAAUAUAACAGGCUUUUAAAAUUCAAUAUUGGUGCAUAUGUUCUACUUAAAAUAUAAAAAAGGCACCCAUUUUGUGGAACAACCCUUUUACAUUUGCAUCACAAAUAUUUUUUUAGGAAAUCAAGAUGAAAGUGGCCAUUUUAGGCUCUUUUUAGACAUAUUCAUGCCUCUUGUAAGUCUCUGUGAUUGCAAUAGUAGAUCAUAUGUUUACCACCUGUUUGAUGUUCUCGUUCACACAGGAGAGAGACAUGACUAUCGUGGAUCCUCUGCGGAGCCUCAACAACAUCCUGAUGCUGACGAGGCAGAGAAGAGUCUCUCCAGAUCAGAACACCAGAUGGACAACGCUAGCCCUUCCACCCUCCUGGAGUCCAUGUGUCGUGCCUCUCCUGGUAGCACGUUACUGCUGGGUAUGAAGAGGUUGUCUGUGCUGCUGGUGGACUGCAGGAAAACAACGGGGCUGAGUGGAACUGUGAGAGGAGGAGAAGAGAUGAAAGGAUCAGAUUUGACUCAUCAAAGAGAAAGACCAGACUCAGAGGAACCAGAGCCAGGGACGUACAAACCAGCAAGAAGACACCAGUGUUCCCACUGUGGAAAGGGUUAUAACCACUUAAAUGAGCUUAAACGACACGAGAGAAUACACACAGGGGAGAAGCCUUACCACUGUUCCCAGUGUGGAAAGGGUUUUAACGAUUUGGGAAAGCUGAAACGACACGAGAGAAUACACACAGGGGAGAAGCCUUACCACUGUUCCCAGUGUGGAAAGGGUUUUAACGAUUUGGGGAAGCUGGAACGACACGAGAGAAUACACAGAGGGGAGAAGCCUUACCACUGCUCCCAGUGUGGAAAGGGUUGUAACGAUUUGGGGAAGCUGAAACGACACGAGAGAAUACACACGGGUGAAAAGCCUUACCCCUGCUCCCACUGUGGAAAGCGUUUUAACGAUUUGGGCAAGGUGAAACGACAUGAGAGAAUACACACAGGGGAGAAGCCUUACCAUUGCUCCCACUGUGGAAAGUGUUUCAACCAGUUAGGGACCCUGAAACAGCACAAGGUAAUACACACAGGGGAGAAUCGUUACCACUGCUCCCAGUGUGGAAAGGGUUUUAACGAUUUGGGGAAGCUGAAACGACAUGAGAGAAUACACACAGGGGAGAAGCCUUACCAUUGCUCGCAAUGUGAAAAGAUGUAUAGCGAGAAAGGACACCUGAAAGCCCAUGAGAAAAUUCACACAGGGGAGAAGCCUUACCACUGCUCCCAGUGUGGCAAGUGUUUCAACGGGGCAGGGGAUCUGAAAAAACACGAAAGAAUACAUACAGGAGAGAAGCCUUACCACUGCUCCCGCUGUGUCAAGUGUUUUAACCAGUUAGGGGCCCUGAAACAGCACGAGAGAAUACACACAGGGGAGAUGCAUUACCACUCCUCCCAGGAUGCAAAGCUUUUGCCCAUUUAGGAAGCCUGAAAUAACAUGAGACACAGAGGAGAAGGCUUUACAGAAGAUUAGAUUUUGGGAAAACAUAUUACUCAUAACAAUCACGUAAACAUCAUUAGAGAAUCUACACAGGAGAGAGAAAUUACUUCUCUUAGCAUGUAUAUUGAUAUUUCACAUCUCAUUGACUCACAACUCAUCAGAGAACAUACACAGUGCUCCCAUUGUCUUAUAUUGUUGACUGAUAAUGUGU